GGGGAGAAGACAAGGAAGAAAAUGGGAGUUGCUUUAUGUUUCCUGUUCCUGUUUAUUUCAGAUCUGGGAAGAGCUGCUGCUUUGCUCUGGUAUUUAUGAGCCGCCAUUUCUUAUACUAUUGUGGUGAACCUACCCUGGAUGUGAAAAUUGCCUUUUGUCAGGGAUUUGGGAAACAAGUGGAUGUGUCAUAUAUUGCCAAACAUUACAACAUGAGCAAAAGCAAAGUUGACAACCAGUUCUACAGUGUGGAAGUAGGUGACUCGACCUUCACAGUUCUCAAACGCUACCAGAACUUGAAACCUAUUGGCUCUGGGGCUCAGGGAAUAGUUUGUGCUGCAUAUGAUGCUGUCCUUGACAGAAACGUGGCCAUUAAGAAGCUCAGCAGACCAUUUCAGAACCAAACUCACGCCAAGCGAGCAUACAGAGAGCUGGUCCUCAUGAAGUGGAAUCAUAAAAAUAUUAUCAGUUUAUUAAAUGUCUUCACACCACAGAAAUCUCUGGAGGAGUUCCAGGAUGUUUACCUGGUAAUGGAGUUAAUGGAUGCCAAUCUGUGCCAGGUCAUACAGAUGGAGCUCGACCAUGAGCGAAUGUCUUAUCUACUUUACCAAAUGCUCUGUGGUAUCAAGCAUCUUCACUCCGCAGGAAUCAUUCACAGGGAUUUAAAACCAAGUAAUAUCGUGGUAAAAUCUGACUGCACAUUGAAGAUUUUGGAUUUUGGACUGGCCCGGACUGCAGGCACAAGCUUCAUGAUGACUCCAUAUGUGGUGACACGUUACUACAGAGCACCAGAGGUCAUCUUGGGAAUGGGCUACAAGGAGAACGUUGACAUGUGGUCAGUAGGGUGCAUCAUGGGAGAAAUGAUUAAAGGUGCUGUGUUGUUUCCUGGCACUGAUCAUAUUGAUCAGUGGAAUAAAGUUAUCGAGCAGCUGGGAACGCCCUGUCCAGAAUUCAUGAAGAAGCUGCAGCCGACGGUACGGAACUAUGUUGAGAACAGACCCAAGUACGCUGGCCUCACCUUCCCCAAACUUUUUCCAGACUCUCUCUUCCCAGCUGACUCGGAACACAACAAACUCAAAGCCAGCCAAGCCAGGGACCUUUUAUCAAAGAUGCUAGUCAUUGAUCCGGCUAAGCGAAUAUCAGUAGAUGAAGCCUUACAGCAUCCAUACAUUAACGUCUGGUAUGACCCAGCAGAAGUGGAGGCGCCGCCUCCCCAGAUAUACGAUAAACAGCUGGAUGAAAGGGAACAUACAAUCGAGGAAUGGAAAGAACUCAUCUACAAAGAAGUAAUGAAUUCUGAAGAAAAAACUAAAAAUGGAGUAGUAAAAGGACAGCCUUCUCCUUCAGGUGCAGCAGUGAACAGCAGUGAAAGCCUCCCUCCGUCCUCAUCUGUCAAUGACAUCUCAUCCAUGUCCACGGAUCAAACUCUGGCGUCUGACACGGACAGCAGCCUGGAAGCUUCUGCGGGACCCCUCGGUUGUUGCAGGUGACUAGCCGCCUGCCUGCGAAACCCAGCGUUCUUCAGAGGAUGAUGUAGUUGAGGAGGAAAAAGUAACAGGAGUUAAGAGAUGAAGAGAAAUAAUAAAAAAACAAAACAAAACAAAACACAAAAAACAAAGAUUUAAAUGAAAAAAAAAAAAAACACAAAAAAAUCUUUCCAGCCUGCUUCUCCUACAGAAUUAUGUAAUGCAGCUAAGCUCAAGUGUAUAUUUAACUUAUAGUUGCUCUGCUUUGGUCUUCUUCCAAUGAUGCUUACUGGGGGGUAAAAAAAAAACAACGGAUUAUUCUAAUUCAUGUUUUUUUUGUCUGUCCCCGUAAGAUGCAAAAUUAAUGGCUGCAAAACCAGCAACUUGCAACUGUCCUUCUCACACUGGCAUGACAAGGUGUGCAGUAACCACUCUAAAACAUCCGAGUGUAUAUCUGCCUUCACUUUCUGUUCUGUUGUCUUCUGCUCACUAAGGCAGAUAGGGAUAUACAGGCGUUUUUCUCCUUAUACAAAUAGCACACACACGCACACGCCAAUAGGUUUCUGGCCGUGUAUGCAGCUGUGUGCCUACAGGAGCACACGCACCUGCAUACAUCCUCAGUAUGCACUCCACAACUAAAUGGCCCAUUUCAGGUGAACUGCAUAAAUACUUAUGUGAUACUACCAGUACAUAGGCUAUUUCCUUGGUCAUUGAUGAGGUUGCAUAUCUCGCAUGAGGGUUUGUGGAAGUGAAAAUAACCACAUCAAACUGCGGGUCCCUCAGAGACUUGAAGAUGUAGCACCAAAAUUUCUGCUGAGACUUGUUAUAUAUAUUUUGAGAUAAUAACCAAUUUGUAUUGAAAGAAGAUGCCACAGAGCUGCACAUGAAAAUGUGUGUGAAUAUUAGGAAUUGUUCUGAUUUUUAGAGCAGAUAAGCCAGGCUAAGACCAGGUUAGAAGGAAGCACAUGUAUCUUUGCAGGUUACAGGGAACAAGAAUGAAUGUUUUUUAUGCAUGUUUAUGCCCAGAAAGAUUCAUCUCAGCAAGCAACUCUUCCUGUCAAUAUUGAGUGAGUUAUCAUCUUAGUUUACAAAUAGGCUCACUACUGUGAGUUCCAGGUAUGUUUAUGUCUUAGGGGGUAUGACAAGGUUGGGGAACAGAUAGACUGGUCAAAAGGACAUGCAAAAUUUGAUUUUAUUUCACGUGUAUGUUUUUACUGAGUUAAACGAAGGAAAUUUGCAACCCUCUCCUUCUCAGUGUGUUUGCGGCUUAGAGGUUAUUCUCCCUUUAAUCAUUCCCUUACAGGAGCCUCCACUACUAAGAGAACAGGCUGGCCUGGAUGCUUUUGGCUAUUUACUUGCUCGUGGCAAAUCACCUAACUCCCUGGGAAGUUUUACCAGCUGUGUUACAUGGACAAGAUCCACACAGUGAGUGGGUCUAGUAUUCCUGUUCUCUAAUAACAAAGAGUUGUAAGAAUAAACAAGAAUACAGAUGAGUCCAGUUCUGACAAGCACCAAAGAACUCGGGUUGUGCCACAGAAUACGUAGGCUUCCCAGUGGUAAGUGACAGCAAGUGUUUGUAUCGGAGAAUGGCAAAACUACACAUACCAUUUCAGAACUGAAUAUUUUUCCAGUUAAAACAGCAACUGGCAUAUUCCACUGCAAGAGCAUAAUCACCUGAGCUGGAAAUUAACUAAGAUCUGUGUCAUCUCUCCUCUUACCAGUGCGUGCCAUGUAAAAUAAAAUGACAUAAUAACACUGGAAUGCUUUUCCAAAAGUCAAAAAGAUUUUUUUUAGAAUAUAUUACUGGAUACUUUAAAAUCACUCAUUAUUACAUAUUCAAAAUUCUCUGAAAAUAUAAGCGUUCUUUUAGGUGGCUUACAAACGUACUGUUGUGCAGUACAAAAAAAAUUUGAGUAGCAAGUCAGUUUUUCUUCCAAGGGAAGAAAACAAAAAAGAAAGCUUCUCUCCAGGGUGGGGACGAGGGAAGAUAAGAGAGAAAUGGAUAAAAAGUAGCUUCAAGUCCGGUGGUGGAUCUGAGCUGCCUCCAAAUUGCUGUAGGAAAUGGUGUAAUUUUUUUUCUCCAAGGAUAUUUUUGGUAGAUUUUUUCUGGAAAAAAUUGAAAAUGAAAUUAGGUCUGUGAUUUUCUGAAAACUCAGAGCAGUAAUAGUGAAAGCAAUAAUUUACUACUGCUAAAAUAUUUAGCAAUAUUCUCUCUUAAGCCAUGAAGCAUCAAGUUGUUAUUCAGUGAGGUAACGCUCACUUGAAAGCCAGUGAUCAUAGAAGUAUUCAAAGGUAAACAGCAAUGCUUUGUUAGGUAUGAAGGCAAUAACUCCAAGGGUGACUUCUUAGCAAUAAUGGAAUGUAUCGCCUCCAGAUUUAAAUGAUUACAGGUAUAUAUUAGUAACGUUCAGAUAUCUAGCAUCUGUUUUAAGUUCCUUAUUUUUCACCAUUUUAGUGUGUUAACAAAAAAGGGAAAAAAAAAAAAGGAAAAAACAAACCACUCUCAAAGCUAAGUGGAACUGCAAAAAUACAGCAGAUGUAGCAUGUAGGAAUUAGGAAUAAUCACAGCUCAUCGCCAGUGAUGAUAUGGAGAUGUGGCACAGGCAAUAGCGGAAAACCCAUUUGUAGUAGAUGGAUGCUUGCAGAUCGUCUGUGUUUUAUCUGACAAAGCCAAAAAAACCCUACACUUAGUCCAGUGGUAUAAUUUAGUCUUGUUUGAUUUUGUGAGUGCUGGGGAGAGAACCGGUUACCGCAGAAAAUGUCCUGCAGAUGGGCAGUAAGUAAACCCCCAACACAGAACAUAUAUAGUUUUAUUCCCAGAAGCCCAGAUUCCGCUAAGCACCAGUGCUGUACACACAUUUUGUGGAGAUUGUAGGGAUGCAUAUCUAAUUUUCUAAGUAGCAUGUGCUUUUUUUGUCCUUUGUUCAGCAGUGAUCGACAUAAGCAUGUGCUUAAGUGCCUUGUCGAAAUGGGGCCUAUAACAAUUAGUGCAUCUCGUUCUAUCCUUGAAUUAGUCAGUCUCCUCGGUGAACAGUUCUAGCUGUGGGAGGAGACUUGGGGCUGUCCACACUGGACAGCAGAAAAAAGCCAUUGA